AUGGGAUAUGGGCAAGUCCUCCACCGAUGCGGAAAUGAGGAAGACCAGGUAUACCUCAACGUGGGAGGUGUCCGGCACGAGGUGGCAGAGGAGACGCUGCUCCGCUUCCCCCACACACGCCUGGGCCGUCUGCUACACUGCCGGAGCGAGGACGCCAUCCUGGAGCUCUGCGACGACUACAGUGCCACCGAGCGCGAGUACUACUUUGACCGCAACCCCCACAUCUUCAUCAGCGUGAUCAACUUCUACCGCACGGGCCGGAUCCACAUGAUGGAGGAGGUGUGCGUCUUCUCCUUCAGCCAGGAGAUUGAGUACUGGGGCAUACAGGAGCUCCACUUAGGGGAGUGCUGCAGCAACUGGUUCCAGGAGCGCAAGGAGUACAUCGAGGACCGCGACUGGGACAUCCAAAGCGACGACGUGCAGCCGCCCAGCUUGGACUCGUCCUUCGAGGAGCUCUCAGCCCUGGACAAGGACCUGGAGAAGUUCAAGGGGGCGUGGUGUGCCGAGGUGCGGAGCUACGUGUGGAUAAGGCUGGAGGACCCCGGUCAUUCACUCUCGUCCAAGAUCAUCGCUGUGGCCUCGCUGAGCGUGGUGCUCACCUCCAUCGUGGCCAUGUGCGUCCACAGCAUGCCCGAGUUUCAGAUCGUGGACGAGAACGAGAGGCACAUCGAGGACCCCGUGCUGGCCAUCCUGGAGGUGGUCUGCAUCGUCUGCUUCUCGGCCGAGUUCAUAAUCCGCUUGAUCGUAGCCCCCUCCCCCAGGAAGUUCCUCAGCAACACCCUGAACAUCAUCGACGUGGCCUCCAUCCUGCCCUUCUACAUCACGCUGGCCUUUGAGACGGCGGAUGAGGAGAAUGAGAACCUGGAGAACGUGGGCAAGGUGGUGCAGGUCCUCCGGCUGAUGCGCGUCUUCAGGAUCCUUAAAUUGGCGCGCCAUUCGGUGGGUCUGCGUGCGCUUGGCGCCACGGUCCGCCACAGCUACCACGAGGUGGGCCUGCUGCUCCUCUUCCUCUCUGUGGGCAUCUCCAUCUUCUCCGUGCUCAUCUACUCGGCAGAGAAAGAGGAGGAGGACACCGAGCUGGGCACCAUUCCCAUGGGCUGGUGGUGGGCCACCAUCACCAUGACCACCGUGGGCUACGGUGACACCUGCCCGGUGACGUUGCUGGGGAAGCUGGUGGCCACCCUGUGCAUCCUCUGCGGCUUGCUGGUGGUCGCCUUGCCUAUCACCAUAAUCUUCAACAAGUUUUCCAAGUACUACCAGAGGAACAAAGCCAUUGAGGAGGGCCUGUGUCUGAGUCAGCAGGCGUCCGAGAGACAUGACCUGGAGCUCACUAACCAUAACAUCAGAGAACUCUGCGCCCAGAGUCUGGGCGUGUACCCUUUCAUGGGCGGCCUCGCAUUCAAGAACAGUGAAAGUAGUGGUGGGGACGAUACGGACGCCUCCAGCCUACAGGACAUAGAGGAGGUGUGUGACACAGACACUCUGGACAAUGGGGCAGCGAAAUUAAGCUUGAGGCUUUAG